AUGAAGACCCUCCCCACAAACCCCCAACCCGGGGGCCGCCCGCUUCCUGCUCCUCCCCCCCUUCGCCAAACCGGCGGCGCCGGCGCGCUCCGGCAUCGCCGUGGCCUUGGCGUCCACGCUGGGCCCCGUCUCGGUGCUGGGAUCGGCGUCUGCCUUGGGAGCGGUGCCGGGUUUGUCGGGCUCAGCACCGGGGGCGGGGUCUUCGUCGGGCCCGAAGUUGGGCUCGGGGUCUUCGUUGGGUUCGGCGUCAUCGUCGGGCUCAACGUUGGGUCCAAAGUCUUCAUUGGGCUCGGCGUUGGGUUCGGGGUCUUCAUUGGGCCCAGCGUUGGGUUCGGGGUCUUCGUCGGGCUCGGCGUUGAGUCCAAAGUCUUCGUUGGGCCCAACAUUGGGUUCGGGGUCUUUGUUGGGCCCAACGUUGGGGUCGGGGUCUUCAUUGGGCCCAAACUUGGGUUCAACGUCAACGUUGGGCCCAAUGUUGGGUCCAACGUCAACGUUGGGUCCAAACUUGGGUUCAGGGUCUUCGUUGGGCUCAACGACGUCAUCGUUGGGUUCGGCGUCGUCGUUGGGUCCAACGUUGGGUUCUCCACCAUCGUUGGGUUCAGCAUCAUCGUUGGGUCCAACGUUGGGUUCUCCACCAUCGUUGAGUUCAACGUUGGGUUCUCCACCAUCGUUGGGUCCCCCGUUGGGUUCAGCAUCAUCGUUGGGCCCCCGUUGGGUUCUCCCCCAUCACUGGGCCCCCCUCUGGGCUCCCCCUCGCGGCACGGCUGCGGGUUCUGCGGGAAGCCCUUCGGCAGCGCCAGCGCGCGGCAGAUCCACCUGCGCUCCCACACCGGCGAGCGGCCCUUCCGCUGCGACCUCUGCGGCGGCCGCUUCACCACCCGCGGCAACCUCAAGGUGCACCUGCGGCGCCACCGGCAGAGGGGGCCGGCCGGGCCGCGGGAGGGCGCGGUGGAGGUCAUCACCGACCCCCCCCAGGCGGCCACACCCACCCCACCCAUGGCCACGCCCACCUUCCCCAAGCCCCUCCCCGGGCGACGAGAACGCCCUCCCCCGCCCCGCCCACGGCCCCGGAACAGCCCCAAAUCCCGGGAUCCUGCGGGCUCCGAGACCUCCAAGCUCCAGGAGCUGGUGGAGAAGUUGGAAUUCCGGCCCCAAUGCCCCUCCCCCACCCGCCAGGAUUCCCCCGGUCCCGGCGGGAAUUCCCAAAUUUUGGGCGGGGAUUCCUCGAUUUCUGCUGGGAAUUCCUCAGUUUUGGGCGGAAAUUCCUCCAUUUUGGGCAGAAAUUCCCCAAUUUGAUGGAAUUCCUCACUUUUGGGUGGGAAUUCCUCGAUUUCUGCUGGGAAUUCCCCAAUUUUGAGUGGUAAUCCCCCAAUUUUGGGUGGGAAUUCCUCGAUUUCCGGCGGGAAUUCCUCAGUUUUGGGCAGAAAUUCCCCAAUUUUGGGUGAGAAUUCCCAGUGCCGGGCGUGCGGGCGGGGCCGGACCCCCAAAAAUCCCCCCUCGAAACUGAGGGGGGAGGAGGAGGAAGAGGAGGAGGAGGAGGAGGAAGAAGAGGAAAUGGGGGGGUCGGAACCCCCCAAAGAGCCUGAAAACCGGGAUGGAGGAGGAGGGGAGGUGCCCCCAAAGCUGACCCCGAACCCCAAAACCGCCGGGGAGGAGGAGGAGAAGUAGAUUUUUAAUGGUUGGGGAGGAUGGGGGAGGAAACCCCCAAAAUCCCCCUCACGAGCCCCCCC